CUGCUGGGACCUCCGGGCGCCGGUAAAGGCACACAGGCUGCACGAAUCGCCGAUGAACUUGGCGUCACUCGCGCCGCGUCGGGAGACCUUUUUCGCGAGAAUCUCCGUAACGAAACCGAGCUGGGGCUACUCGCCAAGUCGUACAUGGACAGGGGUGACUUGGUGCCCGACAACGUCACAAUUCGUUUGGUGAUGUCCUGGAUUUCGGCGCCGCAACAGGGCGACGGAUUUGUGCUCGACGGCUUCCCACGCACGCUCCCGCAGGCGGAGGCACUCGACAGCGCGCUCGAACCCGGCGGAAUCGACCGAGUGCUAUAUGUAAAUGUGGCAGAGGACGAACUGGUGAAGCGACUUGCCGGGCGAUUUAUCUGCCGCGGCUGCCAGGCGCCUUAUCACGCGAUUGCAUCGCCUCCGAAGGAAGAGGGCAAGUGCGACGAUUGCGGCGGGGAGUUGUAUCAGCGCGACGACGACAAGGCCGAAGUGGUGAAGAAUCGACUGGAUGUUUAUUUCGAGGAGACCGAGCCGCUCGUAGGACAUUACAGCAGGUCCGGUGUGCUAAGGGAGAUCAACGGCGAAGGCACGGUGGACGCCGUAGGCGCUCUUCUAGUAGAGGCGCUUCGCUGA